AUGAUUCAAUGACGCGCAUUUACCAUUUCCUCACCCUCUUUACUCUGUAUACUACCACCAACACGCCAGCAUGUUCAAGCCAGUCUGCAGGCAGGCUGUCCGCCAAUUGACCAGGCCUGCUCGUCCUGCAGUCGUUGGAAGGCGAUAUGCUCAUACUCCAGCGGCGUUUGAUUGGAAAGAUCCCCUUGGCGCGAGCAAUUUGUUUACGGAAGAUGAGCUGGCAAUUGCGGAGACUGCUGAGGCGUAUUGUCAGGAACGCAUGCUUCCCAGGCUGCUAGAGGCAUACCGAAACGAAGAUUUCGAUCGGAAGAUCCUCGAGGAAAUGGGAGAGCUCGGGCUUCUUGGUGCAACAAUACAAGGAUACGGGUGCGCCGGAGUGAGCAGUGUGGCGUCCGGUUUGAUCACACGAGCCGUAGAGCGAGUCGACUCGGGUUACCGAUCCGGAUACUCGGUACAGAGCUCCCUGGUAAUGGGCGGGAUCGAGGAGCACGGCACCCAGGAACUGAAGGACAAAUACUUGCCUGGGAUGGCUAAAGGGAAGCUGCUAGGCUGCUUCGGUUUGACAGAACCAAAUCACGGGUCGGAUCCUGGAUCGAUGGAGACAGUCGCAAAGCCACACCCGUCCAAGAAGGGAUACUACUCACUCUCUGGAGCCAAAACAUGGAUCACCAAUUCUCCCAUCUCCGAUCUGUUUCUUGUGUGGGCCAAGCUCGAAACCACGGGGAAGAUCCGUGGCUUCGUGAUUGAGAGGAGUCAGUGUCCACCCGGCACACUGGAGACGCCAGCCAUAAAGAACAAGAACGGUCUGAGGGCAUCAAUAACUGGCAUGAUCCAACUGGAUGAGUGUCCUGUUCCGGAAGAGAACAUGUUUCCUGACGUUGAGGGCCUGAGGGGUCCCUUCAGCUGCCUGAACAACGCGAGGUACGGAAUCGCAUGGGGAACGAUGGGCGCGCUGGAAGACAGCAUCUCGAGAACAAGAGAGUAUGCCCUCAAUCGCAAACAGUUCAAGGGCAAUCCAAUCGCAAAGUACCAACUUGUCCAAAAGAAACUUGCGGACGCCUCCACGGAUGCUGCAUACGGUAUCCUUGCAGCAACCCAAGUUGGAAGGCUCAAGGACGAAGGCAAAGCGGCCCCGGAAAUGAUCUCGAUGAUCAAGCGACAGAACUGUGAUAGGGCCUUGGUCAACGCGAGGAUACUGCAAGAGGUCUUUGGCGGCAACGCUGUCAGUGACGAGUACGGAAUAGGCCGACACGUCGCGAACCUGUUCGUGACCCAGACGUACGAGGGCCAAAGUGACAUUCACGCUCUCAUUCUCGGAAGAGCCAUCACGGGCCUUCAAGCCUUCUGCUAGGAGUUUACAAUGAUCGGCGAAUACUUUGACAAGAAAUAAUAGCUGUAAAUACAUAUAUCGAGGGUUUGCAGAUCCACGCUUCUUGGCAUGUAAAGACCAUGACGGAAAAGUACGGGGUAGUUGGUGCACAGGGGAUGACUCGUGCUACGACCUCAGGCAUACCACUGUGCCACCAAGGCAGGAACACCUUUCGUAGAUUGCAAAUAAACGCCAGAGCCUUCUGCAUGUUUAUGGAAAGGGAGACGGAUGUAUGGGUGAGCACCUUUGUAGAAGAGUACCCAGAUGGUGAAGCACUCCAGCCUGGAUAUGAGAGGUACCC